AUGAUAGAACCUGUAGUCCCCUUGGGACCAUUCAAGCAUGGUAUGGCUUGGGUAGCCUACCGCUUUACGUCUACUGUUCUCGACGACAUCUGGCCGGGCGUGGUCUUCUUCACUGGCAUCGCCGCCAUGGUGGCGUGUGUGAGCGAGUUUACAAGCGUCAAUCUUGGGAUCAACAGCGUCAUGUUGACUGUGCUCGGUACCAUCGUCUCUUUGGUAGUCUCAUUCAAGACAAACAACUCUUACUCACGUUGGUGGAACGGACGUAAUGGCUGGUCGAACCUUACAACUCACUGUCGGCAACUAGCUACGCUCAUUUGGAUACAUAUUCCCAACGCCCCACCUCCCAUACCAGAUGCAUCCAAACCCGAAACUGCCCAGCCUCCUCAAACGCCUGGCAAAUCACCAUUCACUCCCAACUCCACCACCCAAACCCUGUCACCUUCGAGCUUGGCUGAGGACAGCGAAGAGGAUGUGUCGACAGGUUAUCAUGUGCACGGCUGGAGGACGCCGGCGCAAGAGGCAGAGGCAAAGAAGAGGUUUGAGGACGAUAUGGCUGCUAGGAAUGACGCGCAAGCGCGGGAGGAAAUGCGAGGGUUGAUUGAAAAGAAGACGUAUAUCGGUUUGAUUCAAGCUUUCGCUGUCUCAAUGAAGCACGCUCUCAGAGGCGAGCGAGGCCCUUUCUACUCCGACCUCUACUCUCUCAUCGCCUUCCUCCCGAAAUACAACCCUGCCUCCCAUCCGCCCAUCACCCGCGACCACCUGCUCGCUCUCUGGCAAAACGGUAUCCCACGCCAAAAAUCAUCCCGCGCAACCGACGACAUUGCCGUACCCCUCACCGUCCCCAUCGCCUUCACCCCCGACGCGCUCAACCAGCCCAACUUGCCAAACCCUUUUGACGACGAAGAGAAGCGCAUGGGGGAGCAGAUGUAUGGACCGGCGCCGGAUGAGUAUAAGGAGCAGGCUGUGAGGAAUGCGAGCGAGUAUGUGGGGACGGAUGAUCCGGAGGUGUUUGUGGUGACUUCGAAGCGGGAUGGACGAAAGUCUAUUACCCAGAGACGGAGUAUCCAAGUCCAGGGUCGUACGGGACAAGGCGGGGAACAAGUCACGCUCGAGACGAUCGAGCUCAUGCCCCCUCGUCAUCCGCCGCCUCCUAGGAUCUGGGAUUUCCUUCCUCCUCUCCGUAUCUUCAAGAGUAUCUACGACAUGUUCAAUUGGAAGAAGAAGAAGGAGAUAUCGGAACGAGCGAAAGGCGGGAAGAGGAAGAGGUCGGCGAUGGGGACGGAUAUGGAGAUCCCUCAGGAGAUCCUGAUGUACUUGUCAAUGUACACUGCCGACCUUACUCGCCGAGGUCUCAUGCCUGCUCCGCUCACCACCGCUUUCGCCAACGCCAUCCUCGAGCUUCAACGUGCUAUCUCCGACAUGGAAAAGAUCGCUACCACCCCCAUCCCCUCGGCCUACACGUUCCACCUCCACCUCACCGUCUACGCGUACCUCUUCUUCAUCCCGUUCCAGGUUUACACCUAUAUCGGCUGGGUGGUGAUCCCCGCGACGGCGGUGGCGUCUAUCAUUUAUCUGGGUUUCUUGGAGAUUGGGAUGCAGAUUGAGAUGCCGUUCAAUUAUGAUCAGAGUGAUCUUGACUUGGACGAGUUUUGUUUGAGGAUUGCGCAUCAGAUUGCGCAACUUACUGCCCACGUCAUCUUGUCUCACCUCAACCAACCGUUCCUCCCCACCCUUCGCGCUUCUGCCCCAGACAUCCUCGGCGUACCCGAACGUCAGCCCAUACCAAACCCCCGCGGCUUCGCCUCCUCCUUCUCCACAUAUGACAAGCCUGCCCCGUCUUCCCCUUCUUCCUCCUCUACUGAGAAGAAGCCGGAAGUCAAGCAGAUGCAGAAGAUCAUGAGGGAUGUAGAGUUGGUGUUGAAGGCGAAUUGGAAAGAUGUGACGAGCGAUGCGAGGAACGUCAUUGGGAAACCGAGGGAUCAGUUGGAGAAUCGGACGGGGUUGGAGGUUGCGGUGCUCAUGCUUUGAGCCGAGCCCUUCCUGGCUACAUAUGCGCCGGGUUCGUUCUUGUUUCUGUUCUUGUAAAACAUACUACCUAUCUUUACGGCUUUGUCACGCUCAUUUUACAAAUUUCUUGUCAAUCAACAUACCACUUAUCAUUCAGCUGGUCGCAUCUGGUUCUGUCAUCGUACUCGUAGCUCUUGUGCAACAUCCCAUGCACCUUUCUGCCG